AUGGCCGCUCAAUACGACAUCCAGACCUUUUUAUUAGAUAAGCAAAACAUCCACGACACAGUGGCUCGCCUUACCUUAAACCUGGACCUACGUUCAUCCGACGGCCUCAUCAAAGACGUCUACGCUCCAGACGUCAUCAUCGACUACACGUCCAUGUUCGGCGGGAAGCCGACGGAGACGACUAACGAGGCGUGGGUUAAGAGCCUCGAGCCAAUGAUGGAGGCUUUCGAUUCGACGCAGCACGUAGUCACGAACGAAGUCAUCGAACUGCCGCAGCCAGCUAAGGGGGUCAGCAGGCCUGACAAGGCUAGCGUCGUGGCUCAGGUCAAUGGACAUAUGUUCCGCCGCGCCGCGAGAGGAAAGCCGCUUAUGCACAACGGGGGCCGAUAUAACAUCGAGCUCGUGCGACUCCCGGAGCUCGAGAAGAAGGGAGAGAACCCGUGGAGAAUCAGCAGGCAGGCUACUGUCAUCGGCUGGGAAGACGGCAGCUCGGAUGUUAUGAGUGUGUUUGCUGGUAUUGGACAUUAG